CAUGCCCUCUUCUCCAUGGACUCCCUCCUAACCUCCUCCGUCGAAGAAAUCUGCUCCCACCUCCACAACGGCCUCUCCCUCCCCUCCCUCUGGUCCCGCCUCUCUUCCUCUUCCUCUUCCUCCUCCAACCUCGACCUCUCUCCCUCCCUCAAACAAUCUCUAUGGGACGCCCUCCGCUCCAUCCCCACCCUCAACAUCCUCUCCCCCGCCCAAAAUUACCAUUACGCCCCCGCCGACUCUUCCAUCCACUCCUUCCAAGCCGCUGAAAACCUCAACCUCAAGCUCGUCGCCGAUGAGUCCCUCCGCAACAACUUCAUGGGCCUCUACAAUGUCGACUCCGCCAACAACAACCUCUCCGCCGUCCAGCGCCACACUCUCGAACGCGUCGUAAUGGCCAGGGAGAAUGGGAUUACGCAGACGCAGAUUGCCAAGGAGCUCGGCAUUGAGGGGAGGAACUUCCAUUAUGCUGUGAAGAAUCUCGAGUGUCAAGGAUUACUUGUGCGGCAGUCGGCGCUGUUGAGGACUAAAGAAGCGGGUGAUGAUAGGAAUAAUCCAAGUGUGACGACUAAUAUGUUGUACUUGAAUCGGCAUGCAAAGCAUUUGACUGCUCAGCAGAAAAUUGAGAUUGUGAAGGAAGAGAGAAAUAAUGAGAGUUCUGUAAGUGUGAGAGAGAGGUCGGCGGGUGGGGAUGGUUUUGGUGGGAAUGUGCAUGUGAAGGACUUUUUACCGGCGAUGAAAGCAGUGUGUGAUAAACUUGAAGAAGCCAACGGCAAGGUUCUUGUCGUUGCGGAUGUUAAGAAGGAACUUGGUUACUGUAGAAGUUCAGGGCAUAGAGCAUGGAGAAAUAUUUGUCAGAGGUUGAAAGCUGCUCAUCUUGUGGAGGUGUUUGACGCUAACGUUAAUGGGAAGGUUGAGAGUUGCCUACGUUUUGUGGAAAACUCUUCUCCAAUAAGAGUUGAGCCAAGAACAGUUGUACAUGUGGAUGAUGAUUUUGUUGAAGAAAAACACGUCAAAUUCGGAAAGAGAUGUAAAAUCACUGACCAGCUUGUAGAACUUCCUAUUGAACAUCAAAUUUAUGAAUUAAUUGAUGCUGCUGGAUCAGAGGGCUUGACCAGGAAUGAGGUUAUGGAGAGGCUUGGGAUUGAUAACAAGAAAAAUUAUGCCCGCUUUGUUACUAUGUGCUCAAGAUUUGAGAUGAAUCUGCAACCAGAAAUGCACAAAAAAGCUGUGGCAUAUCGGUUUCGGACAUCUGGGAAACAUAGAUCUGAAUCAAAUAAUGCAUUUAUUAAAAAAUCGACAGAUGCCAAUGAUGGUAGACUUUCUAGUCAAUGUGAUGGGAGUGUAGAUACUCCGAUGUCAGAUUUGUCUCUGAAAGGGGACUAUGCUGGCCCUGAAAAUAUCAAUAAUAGAGAGACUAAUAGUGGCCCUUUUGGUGGUUCUAUUGGGCCUAAUGAGUCUUACAAUGUGUCAGAAACUUCUCAACAGUUAUGUCUUGGAUCAAAAGAUGCUAUUUCUGAUUCUCAAGUUAGUUUAAUUAGCACAGGAGUGGAAACAAAUGGCGCAUUAUUGGGAACACCAGCUGCUUCGUCAAAGCUACAUAGUAAGGGCUCAGAUCCGAGGUAUCCAUGUAUGUCUUUGACGGUGGAUAACACUCGGAGGGAAAAGAGGAUAGUUGAAAGGCUAGAGGGUGAGAAGUUUAUUCUAAGAGCUGAGCUGUAUAGAUGGCUUGUGAGCUUGGAGACGGACAAGUGCACAGCAACUGACAGAAAAACAAUUGACCGAAUUUUACAAAAACUUCAACAGCUAGGUCACUGCAAAUGUAUAGAUAUUAGCGUCCCUGUUGUUACAAAUUUGGGCCGUUCCCGGACCACCGUAGUGAUACUGCACCCAUCUGUUCAGAGUUUAACUCCUGAACUGGUUUCUGAAAUCCAUGAUGCAUGGAGGUCUUUUGAGGUACAAAGUCGUGGAAAGUGCUCAUCUCGGUGGCGGGAGAAGAACAUUGGAUCAGUUCCUGUACUAGAAGAUGUUCAGAGAACUCAGACUCAUGUUAGUGCACAUCAACAAACAGUGAGUUCAGAAGCCAUGCGUGCUAAUGGAUUUAUUCUGGCAAAAAUGGUCCGUGCAAAAUUGCUGCAUAGUUUCCUUUGGGAAUACCUGUACGGUUCUUCUAGCUCUUAUGAUGCUUUAUCAUCUGCAAAAGAUGUAAGUGAGCCGAGAGAUCCUCACAAUACUAGCAAAUUGUUUUCACUAGAGGCAACAAUGAAGGCUAUUCCAGUUGAGUUGUUUCUACAAGUUGCGGGAUCUACCAAAAACUUUGAGGAAAUGAUUGACAAGUGUAAGAAGGGUCUCUGUCUCUCUGAUCUCUCUGCUGAAGAAUACAAGUCUCUAAUGGAUACCCAUGCAACUGGAAGACUCUCAUUAGUGAUUGACAUUUUACGACGAUUGAAGCUGAUUCGAAUGGUUUGUGAUCACCGCUCAGAAGAUGGAUUAGAAGUUCUCCCUCCCAUUAUUUCUGCAUAUGCAUUGGAACUUAAGCCUUAUGUAGAGGAACCUGUUUCAAAAGAUGCUAUAUCUUUGAGUUUUGGAUCACUUGAUCUUCGUCCACGAAUCAGACAUGAUUUUUCCCUAUCAAACAGAGAAGCUGUUGAUGAGUAUUGGCAAACUUUAGAGUAUUGUUAUGCUGCUGCGGACCCAAGAGCUGCCUUGCUUGCAUUUCCUGGGUCCUGUGUUCAUGAGGUGUCUAAUCACAGGUCAUGGACUAAACUUGGAGUUAUGACAGCUGCUCAGCGUGAUGAGCUUUUAAAGCGUGUUGUGAAGGAUGAUCCUAGCGAAAAGCUUUCAUUUAAAGAAUGUGGGAAAAUUGCAAAGGACCUCAAUUUGACCCUGGAGCAGGUGCUUCGUGUGUAUUAUAAUAAGCGGCGUCAACAUCUUGAUGGGUUACAAAAUAACACAGAUGAACUUCAAUCUGAAAAACGUAGGCGUCGUAAAAGGAAGAAAUCAUCUGAAUCUAGGUCUGUAGAUUUUUCUAAGACUGAUGAGGUAAUCAGACAGAUGGAAGAGCAGACACGUACCACAGUAUCUAAUACCAUAGAACAAUUAGAAGAACUAAAUUUCUUGGUCGCUUCUCAUGAGCAUGAUUCACAUGUGCAAGCAUUGGACAAUUGUCUAGAAACUGGGCAGGAACCUGAGCCAAAUGAAGAUAAUGAGGGGUGCCAUUCAAUUACCACCAAGGGUUCCUUUUCAAAGUUGAAGCCAAUACGUCCUCGUAAAAGAAAGAAUUUGCAUUCAACGCGUCAACGAAGGUUUUCAUGGACAGAGGAAGCUGACAGGCAGCUGAUUAUCCAAUAUGUAAGGCAUCGUGCAUCUCUGGGGGCAAAUAUUCACCGGGUAAACUGGGCUUUAAUUCCUGACCUCCCAGCAGCUCCUGUUGCCUGCAUGAAAAGAAUGGCAUCACUAAAAAGUAACAAAAAAUUCAGAUCAGCUGUAAUGAGGCUUUGUAACAUUCUCAGUGAACGAUAUGCAAAGGUCUUGAAAAAGACUCAAAACAGGUCACUGGAAAAAAAUGAGUGCAGUGUGCCUUUGCGGAAUUCUACAGGUGAACGUCAUGACAGCAAUCUCCCCAAUAUCAAUGAUCAUAAUCUAGGGACAGCUCUGCAGGAUGAACCAUGGGACGAUUUUAAUGACAAUUAUGUUAAAAAGUCCCUUGAAGAGGUACUUCACCACAAGAGGUUGGCCAAAUUUGAUGCCUCCAAAAGAGUUGGAUCUACUGGUGAGGAUUGGUCAGUUGAACAUGAUUCUCAGGAAUCUGAAUUAAUUGCAUCAACUGCUCCAUCUGAGGAUUUUCAGAAUCAUGCUGGCAGAGGAAAAAUUUCAGCACGAAGAUCUCGCUAUCAACACCUUAAUGAAAAAUACUUCAAGCUUUUGCAUGGAGUUGAUGUCAGUACACAAGUCUACAAAUCAUUGGCUGUUUCUAAUGCUGUAGAGCUAUUUAAGCUUGUUUUCUUGAGCACCUCAACAGCGCCAGAGGUGCCAAAUCUUCUUGCGAGCAUUCUACGGCGGUAUUCGGAGUGUGAUCUAUUUGCAGCCUUUAACUAUCUUAAAGAUAAAAAGUUCAUGGUUGGAGGUAAUGGCAGUCAAAAGUUCUCUCUUUCACAACAGUUCUUGCAUAGUACAUCCGCCUCACCAUUCCCAACUAAUUGUGGGAAGAGAGCUACUAAAUUCGCUCAUUGGCUCCAUGAAAAAGAUAAAGAUCUUAUGGGAGGGGGGGUCAAUCUCUCCACAGAUUUACAGUGUGGGGACAUACUCCAUUUGUUUGCUCUAGUUUCUACAGGGGAACUGUCAAUCUUUCCAUACUUACCAGAUGAAGGUGUGGGAGAGGCAGAGGAAUCCAGAAGCUCAAAACGUAAAGCUGAUAUCAAUGAACUUUUAGAUGAUGAAAAGACUAAAAAGCUAAAGUCAUUUGCGGCCGCAGAAGGUGAAAUCAUUUCCCGUCGAGAAAAAGGUUUCCCGGGUAUCACGGUAUCUGUAAGUCGUGCAGAAUUUUCUGUAUCCAAUUCUAUAGAUUUGUUCAGAGUAGACGCUCCUAAUGAUGACAAACAUUUUGAGGGAAAUCAUCAACUAGAAAGUACUUCUGAUAGGGAUAGCUUAUCACAUUCUGACUGUAUGAAUGAAGUCAUCAAUUCAAGCAGCACUGUCCCUGUAUUAGAGAUUGCCUGCGAGUCACCUUGGGAAGGUAUGGUGGGCUAUGCUGAACAUUUGUUUUCAUUACGUCCUGCUGAAGAUCAGUCAAGUCCCAUCCAGCCUGAGAUCCUUAGAGCUGCAUACAUUGCUAUUCAGAAAGCUGGCGAUCAAGGUCUGAGCAUAGAAGAAGUUUCCGAGAUAACAAAUAUCCAAGGAGGAAAGAUGAAUGAUCUUAUCAUUGAUGUGCUUCAGACAUUUGAACGAGUUUUAAGGGUCGAUGCUUAUGACUCUAUUCGUGUUGUGGAUUCUUUGUAUCGUGGCAAGUAUUUUAUGACUUCAGUGUCUGGAGUUAGUCGAAAACUUGAACCACCUUCCUGGAGAAAGCCAAUUGGGGAAGAUGACGGCCAUAUACACAUCCAUUCAGAAAAUCGUGAUAAUGAUGCUGCUCCUUCUGAGAGGGAGAUAAAUUCUGAUAUCCAUAAAUUGACAAUUCUUAAUUUCCCUGAAGAUGUUGAUGUGCCCUCGUAUGUAAAACAAACUGAAAGCUAUAGGGAGCGUAAAGGAGGAGAUGCUGGGGAUGAAUCUUCUAGAUCCUCUAAUGAUAGAUUAUGCAUGCCUAUAUUUCCAUGGAUAAAUGGAGAUGGGUCUACUAACAAGAUUGUCUACAAGGGACUGAGGCGACGUGUACUUGGGAUUGUGAUGCAAAAUCCAGCUAUAUUAGAGGAUGAAAUUAUUCGCCGGAUGGAUGUAUUGAAUCCCCAGAGCUGUAGAAAAUUAUUGGAGUUGAUGGUUUUGGACAACCAUCUCCAUGUGAGGAAGAUGCAUCAAACUACUUGCGCUGGGCCGCCGCCAAUUUUAGGUACCCUCCUUGGAAGCAGCUACAAACCAUCAAAACUGGUUUGCCGUGAGCACUACUUUGCAAAUCCAACGAGUACAUCCUUGUUGUAAGGAAGUCUGUUAUUUCCAAUGUAGAUAUGCGUUCCAGGUGUUUUGUGGUCAAGUUAGCUGUAUAUGAUGGCUAGGUAUAGUUCACUGGAACAAAUAUAACAGACACUAACUUAUGGCAAUCUCUGUACAGCUUUGCACAAUGUGCAUCUUAGUUUUUGCUGGUCUGUUUGCAAUGUGCAUCUCAAAGUUCCCUCCAAAUCAAUAGUGCCUAUUAACAAGCAUUUAAAAUGAAAAGCCUUGUUCUUCAGGCGGUGUACCUUGCCUUGGGAUGAUAUGUAUAGGUUCGAGUUCCCCCAAUGUUUAUGGGUUUCCAAAUUGAUUUUGUCUUUAAUCCCCCUCCCGAAUCAUCCUUGAUAAUUGAAUACCUAAUUCAGUGUCGACACGUCAAAGCUCACCUGCAAGCACUUGGGAAAC